UGAUCGCUCUGCCUCUCUUUCACCCCAGCGCCACCACCAUCGUUCUCUCUCUCUCUCUCUCUCUUCCCUGAAUUCCGAUUUUCUCUCACUAGGAUGGCCAGCACAGAACCGGAGCACGAGCGCCGCGACGGCGAGGAAGCCCCCGCCGGCGACGACGAGGACACCGGAGCCCAAGUCGCUCCCAUCGUCAGGCUCGAAGAGGUCGCCGUCACCACCGGCGAGGAAGACGAAGACGCCAUCCUCGAUUUAAAGUCGAAGCUUUAUCGAUUCGACAAGGAAGGAAAUCAGUGGAAAGAGAGGGGUGCUGGUUCUGUCAAGUUUUUGAAGCACAAGGAAACUGGGAAGGUCCGGCUGGUCAUGAGACAGUCCAAGACCCUCAAGAUCUGUGCCAAUCAUCUUAUCCUUCCGACUAUGUCGGUCCAGGAACAUGCCGGGAACGACAAGUCCUGCGUUUGGCACGCGAGGGACUUUGCUGACGGAGAGCUGAAGGAUGAGCUCUUCUGUAUCAGAUUUGCAUCCGUCGAAAAUUGCAAAAACUUCAUGGAGACGUUCCAGGAGGUUGCUGAAUCUCAACAGAAGAAAGAGGAAAAUGAAGAUGCAAAAGCAACUGCAGGGCUCCUUGAUAAGUUGACUGUUGAGGAAAAGAAAACAGAAGAUAAAUCAGGUGAAGAUGUGCCAGCAUCAAAGGAAGUAGGCAAAGCAGAAACUGAACCUACCCCAGCAGACGGGAAGAAGAAAAGUGAGCCUGCUUCCUCAGCUUAAAGGGGGACUGCUUUUGCACCAGGAUCUACCGGGCACAAUGAGGUUGUGGCUUUCUGAUGUUCUUUUUCUGCCUGUCUCUUGGCAUUUGUCUGGGUUGGUCCUCUAGUUUCUGGUCUUUCAAAUGAUUUGUUGGUCCGGACGAGUUGAUGGCUGUUAUCUGAUUGGGUUUUGUUGAGGCUUUUUGCUUUUCCUUUCACCUUCAGAACACUUGGAAAUUGAUUAUUAGUUGGUGGAAGUUACAGUAAGAGGCAGUGACAGUAUCACCGUCAAAAUUGAGUUGGGUCAUACUUGCAUAUGUUAUGCUGGAUUUAUCUGUACCGUGUGAAGAGUCACUCUGCAUAAUGUAUGCGGAUAGAUUCGUUUUCUAGACAUGCAAUGGGGAAAUGUUGUCUUUUGUUUAAUUA